UCACUAUGCCGAAGUGAUUAACUCAGUUGCUGAAGAGUAUCUCGAAAUUAUUUACAAUAAUUCUCUAAAAUUUGUCUAUAGAAGCUUUUUCUCUACUAUAAAUUCAGUUUACUUUCGUCAUUCCAGCAAAAUAGUUUCAGUUUUUAAAUUGCGCUGUUUGUUUUUCGAACUUGUAAAAAAUGUCUGCUGAAAAUGGAACUGCACCAACUGGUCCACAAAUACCAGAAUGGAUUAAGAAAGAAUUAUUCGAACAGCUUCUUAAGGACAAUUUAGAAGGUUUCAAAGCAAUUAAAAGCUUCAAAGCACUACCAGCACUUUCGGCAGGAGAAAAUUAUGCGACACUAAUGUUGCGUGUGGAAAUAGAAGCCGAACUAAUAGAUGGCAAAACUAAGUCAGUCUCAUAUAUGAUGAAGCUACCCCAUGAGAGUGAGGCAUUUAAAGAAAUGAUGAAACAUUUUAAUUUAUUCGAAUCGGAAUACAAAGCUUAUACUGAAGCAGUACCUGAUAUGGAGCGUUUGUAUAAGAAUGCUGGCAUUGAUAUUAAAUUUGGAGCAAAGGUCUAUAAGUUAAAUACUGACAAGAAUUAUAUUUUAUUAGAGGAUUUACGUCCUGCUGGUUUUAAAAAUGCCAACCGCUUAGAGGGACUCAAUAUGGAGCACACCAAAUGUGUGCUUAAGAAAAUGGCUCAGUGGCAUGCAGCGUCUGCGGUUAAAGUGGAAACAGAAGGCAAAUAUGCCGAUAUAUUUCAAAUGGGCCCAUUUACUGAAAACAAUCGUGCACUAAUGAAAAGUAUGAAUGAUUCAUUGUACGGCAUGUUUGUGAAGUGUUUAAAGAAUUACGAAGGACAUGAGUUGUAUUUGGAGAGCAUAGAAAAAUUGGUGCCAAAUUUAAUUGACAUAUCGUUAGAAAUGAGUAAACCAAAACCCAAUGAAUUCAAUGUGCUAAAUCAUGGCGAUUGCUGGACGAAUAAUAUAAUGUUUCAAUACGAUGCGUUCGGUAAAAUAAAAGAAACUUAUUUCGUCGACUUACAAAUGCCUAAAUAUGGAACGCCAGCACAAGAUUUAUUAUACUUUUUAUUAUCAUCUACCUGUUUUGAUAUUAAAUUAAAACAAUUCGAGUACCUGAUCAAAUAUUACCAUGACAAUUUAAUAGAAAAUUUAACACAACUUAAAUAUCCGAAAAAACUACCCACACUAAGAGAAAUUCAUAUAGCUCUCUAUAAGUAUGGAAUUUGGGGUUUCAUGACAGUUGCUGGUGUUAUGGCAGCAGUACUUCUGGAUCCUACAGAUAGCGCAAGUUUUGAUAACUUCUUAGCAGACACUGAUGAUGGUAUGAAGUUCAAAAUGUUAAUGUACACCAAUAGCAGAUAUCGUAAACAUUGUGAAGCUAUACUUCCUUGGCUAUAUAAACGUGGUGCUUUAGAAUAUUAUUUAAAAUUAAAACAUAGUGAAAAGUUUGCAAUGGUUGAAACAGUACCAGUAUCUUCAAAAACUCCACUGAAAUUGCCUAAUUGGCUGCAGGCAAGUCUUUUCGAAGAUAUUCUUAAAAAAAAUGUACCGAAUUACAAAAGCAUCAAAAACUUUCAAGUUCAAGAAGCUUUAAAAGCAGGCGAAAAUUUUGCCACACAAAUGCUGCAGAUUGAAAUAGAAGUAACUUUACUAGAUGAUAAAACAAAGACUGUAUCCUUUAUGUUAAAGCUUCCACAUGACAGCAUUGUCUUCAAGCAUAUGUUAAAACUACAUAAUGUCUUUUAUAUCGAGUCCAGUAUGUAUACAGAAAUUAUACCGGAAUUGGAAGCACUAUAUCGUGAUGCAGGACUUGAAGUUAAAUUUGGUCCUGAAUUUUAUAAAUUGAAAUCUACAGAAAACUACAUACUAUUGGAGGACUUACGUCCUCGUGGUUUUAAAAAUGCUAAUCGCUUAGAGGGAUUUGACACAGCCCAUACCUCUUGUACGCUGAAGAAAUUAGCUCAGUAUCAUGCCGCAUCGGCAACACGUGUAGCAGUCAAAGGACCUUAUCCAGAUCUAUAUAAUAUUGGCUUUUAUACUGAAGCGAAUCAUUUCUUUAUAGACCAAAUGAAUGAUAGCAUAGCAAAACAUUUUAGAGAGUCUAUGAUAACCUAUCAAGGUUAUGAAACGUAUAAGGAAAGUGUGGAACAAUUGCAAUCCAAACUAACAGAUGAUCUCUAUAAAAUUACUAAAGUUGAUGCAAGUGAAUUUAAUGUGUUAAAUCAUGGUGAUUUCUGGUGCAAUAAUAUUAUGUUUCAAUAUGAUGCCUUUGGUAAAAUCAAGGAAACCUAUUUUGUAGAUUUCCAAUUACCAAAAUAUGGCUCUCCCUCACAGGAUUUAUUCUACAUAUUAAUAUCGUCAACCCAGUUUGACAUUAAACUGAAACAGUUUGAUUACUUUAUUAAAUACUAUCACGAACAUUUAAUAGAACAUCUAAAACUAUUGAACUAUCCAAAGCAACUGCCCACUUUGAGAGAUUUACAGCUACAGCUCUGCAAAUAUGGACUAUGGGGUUACCUUACCGCAACUGGUGUUAUGGGCACAGUACUAAUGGAAUCUACUGAAGAUUCAGAAGCCAAAAAAAUACUUGGUGAUGCCGCUGCUGGAGAGAGAUUUAAGAGGCUUGCGCUUACAAAUGACAGAUAUCGGAAACAUAUUGAACCUUUAAUGCAAUGGCUACUAAAUCGCGGUGCACUGGAGUGAUAAUUAUCAAUUGUUUACGUCAACUAUUUUUUAUUAUUAACUUAAACUUGUGAUUUCUGCAAAAAUUUUUAUAAUAAUUUUGAUCAGCUUGAUAA